AUGGGCAUUCCAACCGACCGGUCUGACUCUCUUCUUUCCACAUCUCAGCAGGGAUCCCAACAAUGUGGGCGUCUGCUUCCGUUGAUCUUUGCCUGCCAGUUCUUCGAGACCAGCCUCGCCAGGACGUCCGGGCUUCAGGUUCAGAAGAGGUAUGACAUUGAGACGAUCGACUAUUGCCACGGGUUCAACUCAAUCAGCUGUCUGACAGAUAAUGAAUGCUCAGAUAGGUACCCCGACCUGGAUGUAAUCUGCUUUCAAUACGCAACUUGCCUCACUUCCUGCAUCGAGAGGUCUCAAGUAAGCCCCUCUGUCUGCAUUUUCAGUUUGCGAACCAAUCGAGCAUUUCGUGAUUUGGAGCGCUCAAUUACCAUAUCUUGUUUGGCCGUCAACACAGUUCAAACGUCGGAUCGACUUAGGCUUGGGGAACCCGACGAUGAUUGCGGUCGUGGUAACUCGGUCAGGGCGUGGCAACGCGACGGAACAGUCGGAGCACAAGGCACAAUAUGUCUGGGUAAAAGUCAAUAA